AUGUUUGAGCGGCUCAUCACAGCGCCAAACGACCACAAAGCGCCCAGUUCGGUCCUCUCUGUGCAACGACGUAUGAGGAAAGACGUGUGUGAUCUUACAAGGGAGUACUACGCUGAAAUCACUUCCAUUGAAGAUCACGAAACCUGCUGGACCAAGAAGAUUCCAGGGAGCAUUGCGUCCGGAAGCUUCUACAAAGGUCGUGAAGUACCUGGAGUUGCCAGCCACAUCUAUUUAUGGACGCAUUCUGGAAGUCAGGGCAAAGCAGAAGUUGGUCUUUCAAAGAUCAACCGACAGGAAGCAGAUAUGGCAGUCUGGUUGGCGUAUUACUUGGUGGAUUGUGGAGUACCAAAGCCAAGUAUUGUGAUCCUCACGCCCUAUAAGGGGCAACUCAUGUUGAUGAGGAAGCAGCUCCUGAGCGACCAAAGCCAAAGCUGGUUGUUAUCCCACAAUCCAUCGGACGCCGACCAGAUUCGCCUCUCUACUGUUGAUCGCUUUCAAGGAGACGAAGGAGAUGUCGUCAUAGCUUCUUUGGUUGUUGAUGAGCAUUCCAGAACGCCGUUCGUGAAGUUGCAAAACCGAAUGAUUGUGCUUCUCUCACGAGCACGUCUUGGGAUGUAUAUACUUGGAAACACCGGAUACUUUGAAAACUCUCGACCAGAAAAGCAUUGGCAGCGAACCUUUGAGAUCUUGCAGGAGCCGCCAGCUGUGUCUGACAGCAAGGCUGUGCCCAACGUUUGCUUCCCCAAAGCUCGCGUUGGACCUGCGCUGCCUCUUUGCUGUGGGCAGCACCCAACGAACUCCUUUGGAGCAGAGAAAGCAACGGAACUGAAGCGGGGUUUUUGCAAAGCCAUCUGCGAGGAGAAGCUGAGUUGCGGCCAUUCCUGCAACCUCCAGUGCCAUUGGCCUGAGCGGAAGCAUAACAAGAAUUGCCAGGCUUUGGUGAGCUCACCAUGUUUGCGGCACCAAGCAGAUCUUCCCUGCCAUGAGAUUUUCACAAACAGUCAGGCUUCAUCAGACGACUUGAUCGAUGUGGCUUUGUCCAGUUACCGGUGCCCGGUAAAAGUGAAGCUGCUGCUUCCUUGCAGCCACGAGCCCGAGAUGGCUUGCGCAGAAGAGGAGGAGAUUCAAAAUGGUUCGCGGCCCAUGCCAAGAUGUGACAAGACCUCCCAUACGCCGUAUGUCUACCCAGAUUGCAAGCAUACCCGGGAGGUCACUUGCUACUUCCUUGCCGAGUACAAGCGAGAGCCAAGCAAGGUCCCAAAGUGUGAACACUUAGUCGAAUACCUUCCUGAUUGCGGUCACUGUAUUUCAGUGAAAUGCAGCUUUAAGUCAGCGUACCUGCGCAGCGCAGCACAAUUUGUUUGCCCACAGAAGCUUGAUAUUGAUCUCCCACGAUGUGGCCAUCCUGCCAAGGUCUCAUGUGCCGAGGAGCAGUCGUUGCGAAGCUGGACUGGAGGCCGAUGUGGUGAUGGUAUGGUGCGAGAAGGAGAAGCCUAUGGCCCAUUGGACCAUGUUUGCGACAAAAUUGUGACCUUUGUACGCAGAUGUGGGCACGAGGAAAAGGUCAAGUGCGGGAAAGCAUUUGAUUUGGCAAAUGUGCGAUCUCAUUGCAAAGAGACAGUGCCAAUUACACAUCCACAUUGCGGUCACGAAUGCAAAACAGCGUGUCAUCAGUCGCAAGAAUAUGCUCAUCUUCCACGACCACAGGGAAGUGUGGACAGUUUGGAAGAAGCCGCGCUUCACGGUUCAUCGCAACAAUUGCCUGGACUAACCUGCACCGCAGAGGUUCUUGUGAAGCGAAAGUGUGGGCAUGAGAUCCGCGUGAAAUGCCAUUUGAAGACUUCACCCCUUCCUUUGUGCAAAGAAACCUGCGCUGUAUUCAGUCCCAUGUGCGGUCACGAAGUCUUUGUUCCAUGUCAUCAACUGGAUGACAUGAGAAGGUGGCAAUGCUGGGAACCCGAGGUGGUCGCGCAUUUGCAAAAGCACGCAGAGCUACCUGCCCACGCCAAGCCUCAAGAACUCAGCAGUCCUCAAGAAUUGCUGAAUGUGGCAAAGACUUGCAAGAAAGCUGUGAAGGUGACUCGUGCUUGUGGCCACCACGUUGACUAUGAUUGCAAGGAAUUGACAAAGAUAUUGAAGGAUGGGACUGUGAAAGGCCAGUGCUACGAGAAGGUUGAAAAGCCUUUAAGAUGUGGCCACAUGGCAAAAGCCAAGUGUUACGAGCACCAGAAGUAUCAAGAUGGCAAAGACAACAUCAAAUGCACAGAAAAGGCGAUCAGGCCAUGCUGGAACUCGUCCACAUGUGGGUCGAGCCGCUUGAUGGUUCAAUGCGCGUCGACUUCAAAGAUUUGCUGCGGAACGGAAUCAACAUGGAGAUGUCCAGCAGAUCGUCACAGCUAUCAGUUGAAACUAUGUAAAGAUGGGACCCCCAGCGCUUGCCCGGGCUGCCAACAAGACACCGCAAAUGCACAGAUCCAGGAGAUCACAAGAGCUUUGCAAACUGAUGUUCCUUUGGAUUGUGAGCUAAACCCAUGCUUUUUGGAGACCACCACCACCAAAGUGCCUUUCUUUAGCAAGUCGAUGUGCUUCGCAGAGGAAGUUCACAACUUCGAUCCGGCAUCAUUUUCCACAGAGUUUCGAUCAGCGCAGCUAGAGCUUCUCCAAGCAUUCCAAGAAAAGGAGGAUCAAAAGCUUUGGGAUCGACAACUCUUCGAGCCCAAGUUGAUCCCUGUCUUUUGCUGCUUGAAGAAUCAGAAGCAGUCCAUCCAAGGAUUCUCUUUGCGCAAACAAGUGAGGGCCGACACUUUGGAUGGGAUUCAGGUACACCGUUUGACACAUGGAAAUUUGAAGGCAUUGGAGGAUGCAGAGGAGACACAGUUGGUGGUCGGAUAUCUUUACACCCUCCGAUGCUGUCAUGAGUUCUGGCCGAAUGAAUCGAACCAAAAGAACCAAAAGAAUCAAAAGAAAAAGAAGGCCCUGGUGCAAAGUUGGCGUCAGAGUUUUGAUUGUUUCGAAGAAAAGGCCGCGAAAGCACCACGUCGCUUGGUCGUAUGGCCACCGUUUGCCAUUUACAUGACGCAUGGCCUGAAGCUCUCGAAAGCAUCCCUGAGGAAGGCCGCUUCCCUACUGGAGGGCCAGCGCAAUGUUGACUUGGUGCCUCUGCAGAUCACUCUUGCAAAGCCACCAUUUCCAGUGCAGCCAGCUUCAGCGGCUCCUGAGCCAGCGUGGGAAGCAGAUGACCGAUAUCUCCACCUUGAGGAGCUGCAAGACACGCCAGCAGCUGAGUUGGUCUUCCCAACCGAAUGGAGUGGAUCAUUGAUUUCAGGCGAUCUCACAGAACGUCAUGAUUCGGAACUCAAACAGAAGCUUUCCUUCAUCAACAAAGCCGCCACCCCCUUUGCUGGGAAGAACCUUUUGGAUCAACUGGCGAAGUCGCUUGAAGUGUCUGGAAGCACAACAUCAUCAAAAGGAGCCACAUCAAAUCAUCUGGAUUUACUUUUUGCUUUGGAGCUCUACAACACCGACUCUGAGAGGUCCAAAGAGUACUUGGAGAAGUACUUGGCCUGUACCAAAGCCAGCGCGAGGCCAGAAGCUCAUCCUUUGCUGCUCCUGGCAAUGUACCGCAACACCAAGAGCCAAAACAUGUUGGAAGCACUACAGCGCUACCCAGCCUUAGAGGCCUUACUGAACCAUGAGGAAAAGGCUCAAGUGGAGGGCGUCGCUGCCAGCGCAUUGGAGCCGGCUGAGAUGUGGGAAGAAAUGAAAGAGACCAAAGGCUGCUGCUCAGAAGCCAUGGACAAGCUGAUGGCAUUGACAGGAAUCAAGAAAGUGAAGGCCACAGCUGUGGCGCUCUACAAGUCAGCUUUGCAGUUUAAGAAGAUGAGCCCUGAAAUGCAGAAGGCGAAUGCCAUGGCCUUGAACUAUUGCUUCCUUGGAAACCCUGGAACAGGGAAGACGACUGUAGCCAGAUUAUUUGCAGCUGUCUUGCACGAUUCUCAAUUGCGAAGCCAGAAUGUUUUCCAGGAAUGCGGGGCACAGAAGGUGAAGGACGACGGGAUCGAUGAAUUCAGAAAGCUUGCGCAAGCCGCCAUGGAUGGCGUGCUCUUCAUUGACGAGGCAUACGACUUGGAUCCGCUUGGGGAUAAGUUCAAAGGUGCACCAAUUGUGAAUGAAUUGGUCACCCUCACCGAGAACGAGCGGGAUCGGUUGACCGUCAUUCUGGCAGGAUACGAGGAUGACAUGAACAACAAGUUUUUCGCCUACAAUACAGGAUUGAAAAGCCGCUUUCAUGAAGUGAUUUUUGAAGAUUUUGAUGAAGCGGAGCUGUCUCAGAGACUUGGCGAAGAUGUAGCGAUGCCCUUUGUUACUAGCGGCCAGGAGCGCCCCUAG